CCCCUCGCUCCACUUCCGGAUUCUCGAGGAGCGAUUUGGUCUCAGGUGGUGCUGAGAUAGAGCGAAGUCAUGCAGGAUCCCAACGCCGACACGGAGUGGAACGACAUCCUUCGCAAGAAGGGCAUCCUCCCGCCCAAGGAGGCGCCCAAGGAGGAUGAUGAGACGGAGGAGCGGGUCCCUGAGCGGCGCUCAGUCGUGAAGACCUACGAGGACAUGACCCUCGAGGAGCUCGAGGAGAACGAAGACGAGUUCAACGAAGAGGACGAGGCGGCCAUCGAGAUGUACAGGCAAAAACGGCUCGCGGAGUGGAGGGCCAAUGAGCUCAAGAAGGCGUUUGGUGAGGUGAAGGAGAUCUCUGGACAGGACUAUGUGCAGGAAGUGAACAAAGCUGGAGACGGGAUAUGGGUGGUGCUGCACCUCUACAAACCGGGAAUUCCCCUGUGCACACUGAUAAACCAGCACCUCUCGGCACUGGCAAGGAAGUUUCCUCAGACCAAGUUCCUCAAGUCCAUCUCCACCACCUGCAUCCCCAACUACCCUGACAGGAACCUUCCCACCAUCUUCGUGUACUCUGAGGGCGAAAUGAAAGCGCAGUUCAUUGGGCCGUUGGUCUUCGGGGGCAUGAACCUCAAAGUCGAAGAACUGGAGUGGAGGCUGGCAGAGUCCGGAGCCGUGAAGACGGACCUGGAGGAGAACCCCAAGAAACAGAUUGAGGACAAGCUCCUGUCGUCCAUUCGCUGCUCCCUGCCCACCAGGAAGGACAGCGAAUCUGAAGAUGAGGACUAGCCGACACUUUGGGACUCACUCAGGACAGUGCCUCUGGUGGCGGGAGGCCGAACUGCAGGCUUCGCCCAGCAUGAGGAGAAUCCACAGCAUUUUCCAUGAACAAUGUGGAGACUUUCUUCCCUUGAAGAAGGGAUACUUAGACACACACACUCUCUCUCUCUCUUAACCAGAGUUAUUUCCUUUCUCUUCAAAGGGAAACAUGGAGAUAUUUUGGCAAAAUUUGUAAUGUUAUAAUUCAUACAACAUUCUGGUUGAAUUAUCAGAAAUGUUUAAAAACAUUUGCUGGCAAUUUUAAACCUUAAAAUGUUGUGUAUACAUGCUCCUUUUUUGUGUUAUUAUAAAACAUAACAGCUCAA